AUGUAUUCAGGUGACAGCAAUUUUCCCUGGAAUAAGUUAGCUUUAAUAGGUCGAGUGCCAUAUGAUUGUGGAAGUUCACCUGGUGAUUGCUUUUUUGCAUCCUUAGCACAUGGUCUUUAUAAAAAUCCUGAUUGCCAUCUUGAUAUUCGUAGUGCAGGCAUUACACAUUUGGUGCAUAAUCCUGAGUUAUAUAUUGAAAGUCUUGCAAAUAUUUCAUGGGAGAAUUAUAUUGAAGACAUGUCACAACCUGGAACAUGGUGUGAUAAUAUCAUUAUUCAAGCAGUAGCAAAUGCUUUAAGCUGCACUAUUCAUAUUACUGAUUCCAGUCCAAAUGCUAAUGGAACCAUUGUAAACCCAAUUAGUGUACACCAGAGGCAAAAAAUUGUAUUCCUAGGUUAUAUAACUGGUGUACGUUAUGUUUCCACUUUACCAAAUGAAAGUGUGGGUAAUCAGACAGAUAGUAAAGGAAAGGAAAUGCUAGAGAAAAGGAGAGUUUAUGCCAAAAAAAGGCAAUCUGAUGAAACUGCGAAUGCAAAAAAAGAUUCGGCUUGA